CCCUGGCAUCGUGAACAGAUGAUUCUUGUUGGGGAGAACAUGACUCCAUGGAUUCAGAACUGCACAAACUGUAGCCAAGCCCUGGCCAUGGAGCUAAACAUCGCAAAAGCCAUUGUUCUGAGCUUUGUGCUGUCUGUUUUUGUCAUAUUUGGAGUACUGGGUAAUAUAUUGGUCAUUCUUUCUGUGGCUUGCCACCACAGCCUUCGGACAGUCACACAUUAUUUUAUUGUAAACCUGGCAGUGGCUGACCUCCUACUGAGCUCUACUGUGCUUCCAUUCUCUGCCAUUUUUGAGAUGCUGGGCCACUGGGUGUUCGGCAGGGCUUUCUGUGAUGUCUGGGCUGCCAUGGAUGUACUUUGCUGCACGGCCUCCAUAAUGAGCCUGUGUGUGAUCUCUGUGGACCGCUACAUCGGAGUUAGUUACCCACUACGCUACCCAGCUAUUGUGACUGAGAAGCGGGCACUGUUGGCACUUGUGGGAAUUUGGGCUCUAUCUAUUACCAUCUCUAUUGGACCACUAUUUGGCUGGAAGGAGCCUGCACCAGAGGAUGAAUACAUGUGUAAAAUCACAGAGGAACCUGGCUACGCCAUUUUUUCUGCAGUGGGUUCUUUCUAUCUCCCUCUAGUGGUUAUCUUGGUCAUGUAUUGCCGUGUAUAUGUGGUGGCGCGUAGGGAGACGUACAGCCUUAGGAAAGGUCACAAGACGGAGAAGGCACACCACGCAGAAGCAGUGACGUUGCGGAUACACAGAGGCAACAACAUUGUGGCAGAGGAUGAAACGUUGAGGAGCCGCACUCACUUCACAAUCCGACUCCUUAAAUUCUCCAGGGAGAAAAAGGCUGCAAAAACCCUGGGCAUUGUGGUUGGGUGUUUUGUUCUCUGCUGGCUGCCAUUCUUCCUGGUUCUGCCUAUUGGAUCCAUCUUCCCAGCUUACCGGCCAUCAGACACAGUCUUCAAAAUCACCUUCUGGCUUGGAUACUUCAACAGCUGUAUCAACCCAAUCAUCUACCCAAGCUCUAGCCAGGAGUUUAAGAAAGCCUUUCUGAGUGUGCUAGGUGUUCACUGUCUGCACCGCAGCACCAGACCUACAUACCCACUGUGCCAGGACCAUGCUGCAAGCCACACACAGUCACAAAUGCUCUCACUGGGCUCAGGGAGCCGCACUGAGCCUUCACAUUUCAGCCCGUCAUCCUCUGUGGUCCUUUCCCGUACCCCUUCAUCUUCCCCAGUGGGGGGAUUAGGAGUCAGCACUGGGGUCAGUGCUGGAGCAAAAGUGGCAGGGGUGUGCAGUAAGAACCUGCUGAGGAUGUGUUGUUGUGCUGGGAACUACCCAGCACGGACACAGCCUCCUGCAUGCCAUCCUCUGCCUAUUAUUAAGGUUCAUCAGCUUUCUCUGUGUGAAAAUGGUGAAGCAGUGUGA